AUGGCUCCUGGUCAUGCGAGUAAGACGAUUUUCGUCGCAAACAUCCCUUAUGAUGUAUCAGAGGAACAACUGGCAAAUACCUUUGCAGAAGCUGGACCAGUGCAAAACGUAGAGAUCAAAUUCGACCCUCAAACAGGUCGUUCCAAAGGAUAUGCUUUCGUCCAAUUCUGGGACGAAGGUACGGCUCUUUCAGCAGUUCGGAAUCUCCAAGAGGUACCUGUGAACGGACGUAAUCUAAGAGUAGAAUUAUCUACGGAUGAGCCUGGACCUAGAAGAGGUGGAAGAGGAAGUCGUGGUGGAGUACCUGGACAUCCAGGUGGUCCUGUCGGUGGACCUCCAGGCGGAGCAGGAGGAGGCGGUGGUAGUGGAGGAGGGGCACCUCCCGGUGCUGGUGGAUUUAGACCACCGAUACAUGAAGAUACACCUCCAAGAGGAUUUGAUCAGGGUUAUCCACCAAGGGAUCCAAUUCCAACAGUCGUAAGAAUAGACUUAGCUGCUGUUCCAGACGGAACACCUUUACCUCCAGGUCAAAAUCCAACGGAUAGUAUAAGUAAAACAUUAGCUGCUGUUAGCCCAGGCCAAAUGCAAGAUGUAAUGGCUAGUAUGAAAUCACUCAUCACCACCAACCCAGAACAAGCACGACAACUACUCAGUUCAAAACCACAACUUGCAUACGCCUUAUUCCAAGCUAUGCUAUUGAUGAAUAUCGUUGACCCCUCCGUUCUUCAUCGUAUACAACCUUUACCACCUGUUGCUCCGCCACCUGCAGCGUACGCUCCACCACCCACUCAAAACGCCUAUCCUUCUUACCCUCCAGCCUCAUCCGUACCGCCUCCAGCCAACUACCCUCCUUAUCCACCUGCGAAUGCUGUUCCUCCACCUUCGGGAGCAGGAUAUCGACCACCUCCAACUCAAGGUUACAACGCCCCUCCUCCAGCAGGAUAUGGUGCUCCACCAGCAGGAUACAGCACACCUGCUCCUCCUGCUCCUGUAGGAGGUAUGUCGUCUCUGCCUCCUAGUGCCCAGCAGGCAUUGGCUACGUUACCGAAGGAUCAACAGGAUAUGCUUCUUCAAGUACUUCAGCUAACACCAGAUCAGAUCAACGCUCUGGAUGCUACGCAGAAAGCCUCAAUAAUGCAACUUAGACAACAGUUCCUUGGUGCAGCAGCAUAG